AUCUUCAUCAUCACUGUCCUUUUUAAGAAACCAAUUUGCCCGCCAAAUUCUCCUACUGCACCAAAAAAGCUAAAACUUAAUUAAUUUGCUUCACGUCAAUUAUCUCUUAAUUUACUACUAUAUAUGAUCCAACAUUGAGUAGAUUAUUCAUUAUUAAAGACAGAUAUAAUCAAGUAAUGGGUGCUUCAUGGAAUUCAAUUCCUCUGAAGAUUUUAUACCAAAUAUUCGGUUGGGUAGCUUUUGUUUCUUGGUCUAUAAGUUUCUACCCGCAAGUUAUCUUGAAUUUUCGACGAAAAAGUGUGGUGGGAUUAAACUUCGAUUUCGUGGUGUUGAAUUUGACGAAGCAUUCGUCUUACUUGAUAUAUAAUGCUUCUCUUUUCUUUAGCUCUGCUAUUAAGAAUCAGUAUUUGGAUAAGUAUGGCCAAAAACAGAUGAUACCUGUAGCAGUGAAUGAUGUAGCAUUUUCAGUGCAUGCUGUUGUAUUAACAGCAAUAACAUUGUUUCAAAUUGCAAUUUAUGAAAGGGGACAUCAAAAAGUGUCUAAAAUAUCGAUUGCAAUUGUUGGUAUUGUAUGGCUAUCUGCUGCAGCUUGUUUCUUUGUUGCUCUGCAUCGCCACUCCUGGCUAUGGCUCAUCUCCGUCUUUAACACAAUUCAAGUUUGUAUGACAGUGAUCAAGUACAUUCCUCAGGCGAUAAUGAACUUUAUGAGAAAGAGCACCGAUGGGUUUAGUAUUGGCAACAUUUUACUUGAUUUUGUUGGAGGAUUGACAAAUUAUGCCCAGAUGGCCACACAGUCCAUAGACCAGCAUUCAUGGGUGAACUUCUAUGGAAACAUAGGGAAGACAUUGUUGUCUUUGGUGUCAAUAUUCUUUGAUAUACUUUUCAUGAUUCAACAUUAUAUACUGUAUCCUGCCAACAAGAGCGACAAGAAUGACUCAUCUGAAAUCAGAAAUGAGGGUGCAGCAGAGGAAAAUGAUCUGACUGUAUAGUUGUUUAGAUUUAGCCGAAAAUGUGUAGGCUUUUAAAUUUGGCUCUACAAUGUAUUAAUUGUAUCAGAAAAGGGUUAUACAUAUAGGUACUAGCGUAGAGCGUAAAAGUUCCCUUCUCUGUAAAUACGAGAGAAUGAAAAUUCAUAUUAGAAACUUGUUGGAGAUAACUUAGCCAUUUAUGCAUAUAUUUCACAUAGAAGUUUCAAA